GCUGCGCGCGAAGUCGCUUGGAUACUUACGUCGGCCAUUUUGUUGACCUUCAAUCAUAUUCCCGUUGCAGUGGGUACGCCGACCGCCAUUGCGAUGCGCUAGGGAGUUGGGUCCGGGACUAGGCGACGACGGUGUACUAUCGUGUCUCAACCUAACCAGAGUUUUUAGUUAUUUCGUUUUACGAUUUUGGGUAUUUUGCGAAGAAUGAAUCGGGGCAGUUUCGAACUCAGCCGAAUCGUCAAGAAUGAAAAACCGGGAUCGGGGCAAACCGAGGACAUACUGCACCUGCAGCUCACGCCGACGGGUAAAAUCAGUCACGCCAAGACUCGCGUCUACACUCAACGAUACAGAAAAGCAUGGGAACUGAUGCCCGACUUCGAAGGGUGGUUGACGGCUGUACCAGAUCAACCCACCCGGGCAUAUUGCACAUAUUGCAAAAAGAAUCUUCAUGCUCAUCGCCUAUCAUUGCUGAAGCAUACCUGUACCAUGAAACAUCAGAGAGGUGCUAUGGUGUACCAGAAAGAAGCAAUGGCUAAAGACGGGACUGCAAAAUUAAAGAACUCUGCAUCCAGGGUCCGGCUCCAAAAAAAACACUCUCGCCAAGCUUAUGAGCAUGAUAGAGAAUUCAAAGUAGAGGAAGAAAAAACAGAGGAUGAUGAUGAUGAUAUAGAGUAUGUCAUUGAACGGCUCGACGAUGAUCUGGAAAUGACCGAACUCGACCCAAAGAACACAGAUACGGAAGUGGACCACGGGGAAGCGGAUGAAGACGAGAAACAAUUGCCACCUAAGAAAAUGAAAAUGGAAGCACAAGACAACAGUCGCCCUGACGCCCUUGCAGAGGCCAUGGCUCACGUGCACGGCGAGUUCCUAGACGAGAACGGAGAACCAAUUAACGUCGAGUUGGAAAUGGUUGUUGAGUCAACAGAUCCAUGUGCCGAGGAGAUUGAAUCACGCAUCAUUUCAGCCCGAUCUAAUAGAAACCAUCGUGACGGAGAUGAUAUGACCGUAGAACCUUUGGCAGGAAACAAUGAUUCAACUGACUAUGUCCAUGAUCAGAACAAAGAGAACGAUCACGACGCUGAAAAUCCACAUAAUGAUCACUUGGAAAACAUUUCAAGCUCUAAAUCAUCACUGGCUGGCGAUUGGAGUGACGUUGAAAGUGACGAAUCAGAGCAAAAUUUGGCUACCACCUCGCCUCCAGCUUUGUCGGUGCGCAAAGAGUGUAUGACAAAAUCAUCGGCUGCGGUGACAAUCUCCGAAUCCGGAGCCUCCGUCAGCAGCGGCACGGCGAUGCCACCGUCGAAAAAGACGGUGACACUCACUCCCGGCGUGAAGACGGUGAUUCUGGACACUUCAACGUCGACGUCCUACGCUGCCGGAUCUCGCUACGUAAUAAGCACUGCCAAAGGGCAGGCGUCGGCCGUCGUUGUUGGUGAUAAAAAAAAACGAGCGACGGAUUCCGUCGGGCAGAUUAAAAUCGGAGAACAGCAGCAAAAUUCCGCUCCAUCCACGCCUGCAACGAGUUCCGUAUCAGGCGGUACUCAGACCGGCCCUAAGAAACACAUCAUACUGAAGCCUGUGACUCCGUUGGUGCAAACUAAAAAACCGUGCAUAUCAACCCACGUAUUGGACACCAGCAAGGGCCUACCGGUCGGCGGAUUGCAGAUAAGUCUCUACAAACUGAUGGACGGCCGCUGGACGUUUGUGAAUGAGAGCAACACGUCGGUGGACGGUCGGUGCGCUGACCUUGUAGAUAUUUCGAAGUACAGCUUCACAGCCGGCCGUUACAAGCUUCACUUCGACGUCGACAAGUACUUCACACUCCGGAGAAUCGACACCAUGUAUCCCUUCAUCGAGAUCGUUUUCGAUGUCAAAAACCCCACUGAACACUACCACGUGCCUCUCUUGAUCAGUCCCUUCGGUUACACAACAUACCGAGGAACGUAAUCGGCGCUGUUUCCAUUCCUCUGAUUUCAGUGAGCGAAACUUGAGUGGUUAUAUAUAUAUAUAUAUAUCCUUGUAUUAUAUCCGUGUAAAGUGCUCCUCAUU